CUUCACUUCAUCACUGUCCUUGGGCGUGUAUAGCAGUGUCUGACAUUCUGUUGCUGAGGACUGUGUGUAAGUGUGUGUGUGUGUGUGUGUGUGUGUGUGUGUGUGUGCGCGCGCGCGCGCGCGUGCGUGCGUGCGUGUGUGCGUGUGUGUGUGUGUGCGCGCAGAGCAGCUUUGUGACGUUGUGAAAUUUGCGCUCAUCCAGGAGCAGGAGCCCUCCAGCAUCAUCCCGCGAACAGGGCAGAGGAGCAGAAUGCCAGCCCACCCCAGCAGCUGAGCUUUGCUGUGGGAUACGCAACUAUCUAGAGCUUCCUUUUGUGCUGAUUGUCAGCUGCAACUCUCAUAGCAGAGAUUGAAGAUGUCCUCCACACCCCUGGCAGAAGCAGAGGAGGAUGUGUUUGAUCUGACCGAGGCGGUUCCUGAGACCGAACGACUUGACAGCAGCCUACAGAAAGCCAAAGCACAACUGUCAAUCAAAACCAGAAGGCACCGCCCCUCUCGAACCCGUCUGAGAGACAGCCUGAGCUCGAUAGAUGGAGAAGACGCCAUUGAUAGGCUUAGUUUUGGCGGAUCACUGCAGACGUCCUCUUCUCCGCUCCAACCCCCCUUUCGGGGCUCCUCUCCCUCCUCUGACCUCCUCCUCUCCUCCCCUUCCUCACGGAGAGACCGCUCCUUCACCUUUGACCCCAGCACUGCGACUGUAGAAAAGGAGGCGCAAGAUGAAAGGAGGAGCUACAAGCACCUUCUGAACAUCCCUUCCAAGGAGACGUUGUCCCUCACUUCCUCUAAAUCCCCCACCAGACCCUGCAUCCAUUCAGAGACAUCUUCCCCAGCCCAUCUUUGCCAGACGGAGCAUCUCAAGUCCCGUGAGGGAAGCCAACCUCUUCUACACUAUGGAGAGUACUCACAGAGUGAAGACGACAGCCACGACACUGGUCCCGAUGAACCGGGCAGUCCAACAGUGCUGCUGGACAAGAAAACCAGGAGGCGAUUUCUUGAUUUGGGGGUGACUUUACGCCGCACAUAUGGAAAGGUCAGGAAAGACAGAUCCAAUAGACUAUCAACAGGAAAUCGGGAUUCAGAGAGAACAGAGAGCCGGUCCUCACGUUCCUCUGGUCCACCGUUCGUGCCUUUCUCCUGGUUCAGUGAAAGGAUGAGAGGCUCCGGCUCCCCGAAGAACACACAGUCCCCAACCAAAACUUUCACCCAGGGCUCUAGUACAGAUGAGGACUUGGAUUCUUCUGUGGGUUUACUGGAAGACUGCAGACCCUGUAAGACUGAGUCAUCACAACCCUAUCAGACCCUCCCUGAGCACUCAGAUGGGAAUGACUGUGACAAUAGUCGUAGCACAGAUUUCAGUUUUAAAAAGAAGAUGCUUUCUGCGGCUGGCAAAGACAGGACGGAACGACAAAACGGCAUCCAUGGGAAACGGGACAGUGGGAAAAAUGGACACAGUGAAGAUGGACAAAAAUUACUCACCACUUAAAGUUUCUAAAAGACUGAGUACAGUACGCUGCAGGUGCCAUUAUUAAUGUCAAAGGUUAAGUUGGCUUUCACAAUGUAUUGCUGAUGGAUAUAUUAAUAAAGAUAACUUGCAAAAACUGUUCGUUAAAAUAUUUUAGUGAAUAUCUUUGUAAUUCUACAUCAUUUCAGCCCCGCCACAAGCACAAACCCAUCCAAAUAGUUCAGCCAAUAUUGCUGUGCUGGGCUGUUAAUAGCAAAUUCCAUUGUUAAGAAAACAACCUCCCCAUGAUUUCCUUAUAGUUGUCUCUGCAUAUUGAGCUGGGAUAGGAGAAACUAUUUGAACAUAAAUAAAAUUACACACAUCACCUUUGUUCACUUUGGUU